GCUAUCUAUAAUGCAACCUGAUCACAAAAAUAAAAACGGGGGAGGCAACCUUAAUGCGGGGGAGAGAGAGCCAAUAACCCAUCAUAACUCGCGGUUUCGGCUCUUUUCAUGAAAUGAAUUAAGAUUAUUAAUCGUAUAAAAGAUCAUUUCAUAGUCCAUCCCCUCAUUUUACAUAGCAACUCGUGAACUGAGGCUCACCAUAGGUCAUUCUCUACCAGAAAAGGGGGAUAUUCCAACCGACCAAUCACAAGAUCGAUUUCGGUUCUUCGGGUAUAAAACGAAUAAGGUUUAGAGGUCAAGUCUCUCCUAGAAGCCCGGAGUAAGUAGUCUAAACACUCGUCGAAGUUUCACACUCCCCAAUUCGUUAGAAUACGAUCUGCGGGGUUAUACGAGUCCUUCGUUAUAACCGCCGCCGAGAGAUCCCACCCGUAGACUCGAUAUACUUGUCAUGGCUGAAGACAGUUAUGGCAUUAAAGAAGCUCCCGAGCAGGUCUUCACUGGCGGAUCCGAGCAUGUCGAAAACGAUGUAAAAUUUGAUAUUAAGAUUGAUCAGCGCCAUGCGGAAAUUUACGCCGAAGCCUUACGGCAAUAUCCAGAUGAAGCUUCCAUUGACAAAGAAGCCGAGAAGAAACUCAAACGGAAGUUGGAUAGACGCAUACUGCCUCUACUGGGAAUAUGCUACUUCUUCUAUUAUGUCGACAAGACCACUCUCUCCUAUGCUGCCAUUUUUGGCAUCCAGUCAGACCUUCACUUGAAGGGGACCGAGUACUCGUGGCUCUCGAGCAUUUUCUACUUCGGCUGGCUCUUCUGGUCCAUCCCGUCGAACCUCAUCAUGCAACGCUGUCCGCCUGCCUAUUACUUAGCAUUCAACAUCUUCAUGUGGGGGGUGCUCUUGAUGGCCCAAGCCGCAGCUAAGGACUUCGCUGGCCUCACUGCUUUAAGGAUCCUUUCCGGUGCUUUCGAAGCUAUUGCGGACCCGGCUUUCAUGCUUAUAACGUCGAUGUACUAUACGCGUGAAGAACAACCUUCUCGUAUCUCGGCGUGGUAUGCUUGGAACGGUAUUGGGAUAGCUGGUGGUGGCCUCAUUGGAUACGGAAUUGGCCAGAUCGAAGGAGCACUUCGUUCGUGGCGAUAUGAAUUUAUAGUCGUAGGCGCGCUAUGUACUUUCUGGAGCAUCGUCCUGUUCCUACUCUUGCCGAACUCACCCACAACAUUCUGGGGCUUCAGCAAACAAGAACGACUGCUCAUGAUAGCUCGCAUUCGCGGCAACCAGACCGGGAUCGAGCAUCAAAGAAUCAAUUGGGGUCAGAUCAAGGAAGCUUAUCUUGACUAUAAGACUUGGCUCUUCGUAUUAUUUGGAUUCCUCGGCGCGAUCCCGAACGGAGGCAUCUCCAAUUUCUCAACUUUAGUUAUUCAGGGACUAGGGUUUGAUACGCUGCACACGGCCUUGCUAGGCAUACCGCAGGGUGUUCUCGUCGUCAUCUGGAUCGGUCUCGGGGCGCUUGUUAAUAAGUACAUGCCAGCUAAUAGCCGCACGAUUGUUUCUGCUUUGUUCAUGUUGCCUACCAUAGGCGGAAGCUUGGGCUUCUUACUCGCGCCUACUAACGCCUACGUUGGGCGAUUGAUCUGCUUCUACCUAACCGGUUCCUACCAGGCAUCAUUCGUCAUUUCUCUAUCUCUAGUAACGAGCAACACAGGAGGACAAUCCAAGAAGAUGAUCGUGUCCGGGAUGGUCUGGUUUGGCUCGUGCGUCGGAAACAUCGCCGGACCUUUCUUUUACAAGUCCGAACAGGCGCCAUCUUACCAUCUCGGCAUCGGAUCUCUACUUGUCGCAAACGUUGCCGAAUUCGUCCUGUUCUUCGUCUUCCGGUACGCGUUCAAGUGGGAAAACAGACGAAAGGAGAAAGUCCGUGCUGCUUUGCGGGAAACAGGUGUGAUCACAGAUAACGCAGAGGGGCUGAACGCGACGGCGUUCCAGAACUUGACAGACAAGGAGAACCCAAAUUUUGUUUAUGUAUAUUGAAACCUGAGGUAUGGAACUUGAUAUUUGGAAAUUGAAAAUUAUAUAAUUAUUUCGCAUAUACGUUAGGUACCUUGCCGAGUGUUUUCAUAUCCUAACAGUCGAGUCGGCCCUUUUCCUUUUCAUGGGAUCUUAUAAAGAGGUAAUCAAGACAAACAGCAGUAGCCCAAAAUGCUUAUACA